CAAGUUUCCUUUGACCUCAACAAUGUGCAAAUGAAGUAUUUUGAUGAAGAUAAUGAAGAGGUAUCUGUUAAUAGUGCAGAGGAAUAUGAAGAAGUUUUGAAGAGUGCAAUUAAACAAGGAAAUCAGAUUCAAGUGAAUGUUUAUGAAGUAAAGCAACUGAAGGAAAAAAUGGAAAGCCAGUGUGCAAAACGAACCUUUGAAAAUAAUGAACAGAAAGAGUCUCAGAAUAAGAAGGCUAAGAAAAAAGAAAUGAAACAUUAUUCACAGUUGGCAAAAUGCAUUGGCCAAGGCAUGAAGGCCACAGAAGAAGCUAAAGGAAAGGUGAUGUCAAAAGAUGUAGAUCAAAGCAAGGAAAAUUGGCGACUGCCACCAGUUUGGUUCACACGGUACAUGGAAACAUUCAAAGAUAAGCUUGUGAAUGAAACAGUUGAUCGGAUCUGUUGCGACUUCUUCGAGAAGGUGACUAUUCAUCAGAAGGUGCAUGACCCAUUCGGUGCCUCGGCAGCAUGUUCUGUUCAAGUUCCAGAGACCCCCUGCACAACACAGAUUGGCUACCCCGAUUGGCUUAUGGCUUGUAGCAACUGCCUGAGUCGAAUUAUUGGAGUACGCUAUCAGUGCAGCAUUUGCCCCACGUACACUAUCUGUGAGUCCUGUGAAGCUAGUAGCUAUAGACAUGAUCCUAACCACCCCUUACUGAAGCUGAGAAAACCUUCAAUACCUUUGCCUGACCUUACACCAGCACAGUUUGUUGGAAGUGUUAUAUCUGGUGCAGCAGAACAAACAAGACUGCAGAGACAAAUCGACAAAACCUUUUGGAAAGCUGAAAAGCAAAGACUACGAACUGAAAAGAGGCAACGCAAAGCAGAGUUUAAGGAGAUUAAAAAACAGUUAAAAUUGCAGAAGAAACAUCUGCAAUGGAAUGGUGUGCAUCUUGGUGAGCACUUGAAUCCACCAACACGUGAACCUAAAAGAGUUCAGUGCAUUUCAACAGUGCCAGUUAUUUCAAUAUUAGGUGCAGAAUUUGUGGAUGAGAACUUUCCAGAUGGUACCCUUCUUCAGCCAGGAAUCAAAUUUAUCAAACACUGGAGAAUGAAAAACACAGGCAAUGCUAAUUGGACAUCUGCUACAAAACUCCAGUUCAUGUGGGGCAACCUCAUCCUGGCUUCUCCUGCAAAAAAGGAAGUUUCUGUUCCAUUCCUCCAACCAGGAGACAUUGGUAUUGUGUCAGUGGAAUUUGUUGCACCCACCUUUGAAGGCACUUACACUUCUCAUUGGCGCUUAACUCAUAAAGGAGAACAGUUUGGGCCCAGAGUAUGGUGCAGCAUUAUUAUCGACUCGCCACUGCACACUGAAGCUCUGGAUGGAAAUGAAACCUCCCUUUUUAGCUCAGUCAAGACUAGAUCUCCUGACAAUAGAAUCAAGGCUUCCUUAGCUGCAGGGACUGAACAGCAGCAUGUUGUUCCUGAUCCUGAAGUGGAAUCUGGAGGCACAGCAACUACACAAAAGCAAGACUCCUUGACUAUAGAAACUGAGAAUCAAACAACUGUGCCUGAUCUUGAAGCAACAGAGUCUGCAAAAACAACAGGUACAGCGUUGGUCAAGCUUCAGCAGCGAAAAGAUCAGAGUAGAGACUUGUACACAAUGAUGCCGUCAGUAGACCUUCUGACUGCUCAGGACUUGCUUUCAUUUGAACUGUUGGACAUAAAUAUUGUGCAAGAAAUGGAGCACGUACCAAACAACACCCCAGUUGACAUGACUCCAUGUAUGUCACCUUUGCCCCAUGAUGGCCCACUAGUGGAGAGGCCAGGCUUAGGUCAGAUUGAAGAAGAAAGUGAAGCUAUUUUCAAGUCACGGUUUGAUGUGACACUGAUGGAGAAGCCAACAGAUCAUCCCCAUUUAGAAGAAGGCGAGGACGACAUCAGCGGAACUCAGUUUGUCUGUGAGACAGUUAUUCGUUCUCUAGCUUUAGAUGAGGCACCUGAUUUGCUGCCACGCCGCAGGGGUAAACCUGACACAGGCACUGUCCAAGAUCUGCAAGAAACCUGUCGCUCUGCUGGCAUCAGAGAAGAGAAACCUGGCAGGACCAUUGUGACCACAACUACUGCUACAAGUUCAACAGAAGAAGUGUUGCCAGAGAAAGAUAAUAAGCUUGAAAUUCAUGUGGCUGGCAGUUCUACUGUAGACUUUGAAGAAGAGAAGUAUGACAUACAAAGCCAAGUGUCCUCAGAAUGUUCAGAGGAUUACGUUAUCAUCCUGCCAGAGUGUUUUGAUACUAGUCGUCCUCUGCUAGAAUCUAGAUGCAGUUCUGCUUUUUCCCAACCUGAAGAAAUGGAAGAUGAGAUAGAACUGGUAUCAGAUGCAGAGGUUACUGAGAGUGCCCACGCAGUCGAUGAAAAUAGACCUCCGUUGCAAAACAUUAAUGAUAUAUUGUGCACAUCUCAGACAUUGGAUAUGGAGCCGCUUAAACCAGAGGUGCUGUCUGCACCUUUGCUUCAUCAAAGGAAUGAUACCUCGACUCUAAAUUCAAACGAAGUUCAGUCUGAUGUAUUGGAAGUGGCUGAUGUGGAGAAUGCUGCAGUUAGAUCACCUGUCCAUCAUGAAAACAAUGUAUCUACACAUUUGGAGAUAAAGUUUGCAGAACCACCCAAGACCAUGAAAAAUAGACAGUGCCCGCAUUUAAGACACCACAGUGGAAUUGCUAGUGAGCUGGUGAAGGGAGCCCUAUCUGUAGCAGCCUCUGCUUAUAAGGCUCUUUUUUCGGGGGAUACCAGUGUGACUCAGGCUGAAGUAACAGAAAAUCAAACUGCAUCUAUGAUGGAUAUUCUUUUUGAAAUGGGAUUUUGUGACAGACAACUAAAUAUGAAACUGCUCAAAAAGCAUAGCAACAAUCUUGUUGAAGUCGUCACUGAACUUCUCCACAUCAAUGAGAAUGACUGGCAUGCUAAUCGACACUGAAUAUAUAUGAUUACGUGGAUCACUUCUUAGUUAACAUUGAGCUGCCACUUUUUUUUGCACAAUAGCAGUAAUCAAGGAUAACAUGACAAUGUCAAUAUUCUAAGAAUUCAUUUUCAGUGAUGUGCUCCAUUGCAUUAACACGGAGUUCAUUUAUUAUUGAGAAAAAUAAUGUGCUUGCUUUCUCUAUUCCAUAUUAAUCUACAAUUCACUUCUUAGUGUUGGUUUUUAUAAAGUCAAAGCCAGAAGAAACACAGCUCAAGAUGUUUGUCAGUCUUUGAGUCUGUUUAAUUAUUUUUGGAAAAUUAAUCCAUGUUGUUGAUAUCCUCAUUACACUAAACUCAGAAAAUAAUACAUUAAACACCUCUUUGCAUUGCAUCAUCAUGUAUAUAUUUGGUUUUGGAAAAGCAAUAUUACAUGCAGGGUACGAUUCUGCAUACAGUUAAACACUACAGUAAAUCUGUGUCAAUGCAAUGUGUGUAUUAGGGACACAUUGUCUUGAACAUGCUUUUUUAAAAGUGAUUCUUCCAGGGAAGAGCAUUCUAGGAGCAUAUUGUACCCAUUUAGACAGAUAUAACUGAAACUUUGUUUCACAUUACCUACUUUGUAGAAACUCUGCAGUUUGAUCAUCCUUUUAAUUUUGCUGUAUAACUCAAAUAUUUAGUGGCUGAAACAUGCAUUAACAAUAAUAGCAUUUGCUACAAACUUUAUUCAUUUAAUGAACAGGUCUGCUGGUGUUAGAGAUAUUAUUUUGGACUGUGGAAAGUAGAAUGUUCAUACGCGUGUGUGCAUGGUCAGUUGUUGUACAUGAUAAUUUCUUAAGCAGCCACAAUAUGCAUAACACAAAAUUAGUCAUAAUCAGACUAUUUUAAAGCGUUAAUCUGAUGGAGGUAGGAAAAGCUUAAUUUGAAAAAGAAUUCUCUGCUGGAAUUGGGUAAAAGUUACAUUUUCUUAAGCUUUUAUUUAUGCUUUCCUCAACUGGUUCAUUAUAUGGAAGUUAUGCAUUUUGCAAUAGACAUUGUAGCUUUAGUUGACAGUCAAUAUAUGCUUCUGAGGUCUGGUGUCCUCAGUAGUUUAGUCUCGGCUAUAUUGCAAAGCUGACAUUUAAUAUUCUAAUGAUCUAGAGAUGUUUUGUGUCUAGUUUUUAGUAGCAACAUACAGUAACGUUUGGUUUAAAUCUCUCAAUAGGGCUUUGAAAUGUAAGUCUCUUAAUGGUACUUUUUUCUCUUUUUAGGACUGGAGUAUAUUUAGGGUUUUGUAUUGAUCCAAUUGCAGAUAAUUCCAGAUUUGUAGGAACCAGCUUUUGCAUGUAUCACAGUCCAUGUAAUAAUAUUAUAAUUCUCAACCCAAGUAUGCCAGCUGUUUUUUUUUUCAGUCUAUAAAUGGGGUACUACUUUGUGAUAUUUGUUAGUUAAAUGCUUCUGAUAAAACUUUGGUUGAUACAGUUGGGAUUUGAAGAAUUCUACUGAUAUCGAGACUCCUCUUGAGCUGUUUGCUCAUUGUGAGCUUUCCAGCAGUUACACAGUUAGAUUCUUGAAAGGUACCAAACAUGUAUAUAAUUGUUAACUUUUACACACAUACCCAAAGGUGGAAAUGCAUGGCUAUAUGUGCAAUGCCAACUGUUCUUUUACUCAAGAUAAAAACCUCUAAUAACUCCAGAAUCUUCACGUCUGACUUUCUCUGUCUUCCUUUUCAACCCUCACCUAUGAAGAACAAAACUUGAUCUGCUCAAACAAUUGGUUUCUGUGACUGAAUUGGUAAGCAGUGAUUAAGACAUUUUUGAUGAGGACAUCUGUAGUUCAAUUCAUUAAUAGUUUAAAAAAUGAAACGAGUUUUGGAUGAUGGAGUUUCCAUGGUUUGGAAUUAAUACAAAUUGUUGUUAAUUGGUUACCAAUUAGUUUUCCAGGAAAUCCUGAUCUUUGAGUAGUGCAAAAGUAAAUAUUGGUUAUGCUAAGGGAAAGUAAAAUAAUACUUAACAUAAUGUCAAUGUAGACAUCCAGUGUUCUUGGUAAAAGAACAUUUUAGGCAAAGAAGCAACUUGCUACUUUUUUUUACUUCUGUAUCCUAUAAUUUGUGAUUAAAAGAAAAGAAGUGCUAGUAAACCUACUUUUGAGCACAGUUUAUGUUCAUCUGGAAAAAUAAUGUGUGAUUGUGUGCAUUUUAAAAGUUCUGAUUUACAAUAAUAGCAUCAUAUUUAAGUUUUCACUAAAGAAGUCUAAAUUUUCAAGAUUUGCUAAAUACUUUUAGUAUCAAUUUCAGCUUCAUUGCUGCCAAGAUGAAAUAAACAUUAAAAUAAGCAUUAAAAGCAAUAAACAGAUAAAAUAAAUAAGUUUGGACUUGAUUUCUGUAUUUGCCAUUUCUAAAUAAGGAUCUGAUCUGGAGGAUACAACAAUAUUUACAGUUUUGGUGGAUAUUUUGUAGUAGUUAUGAAUGUCGUUUAAUGCUUAAAAGUGUGUUCACCAUAGUUGCUAUUGAAGUUGUCCAUUCAGUAAGUUGCAGUGCUAUAGUAAACAAUAUGUUGGAUGGUUGAGAUGAACUUUCUGGACUUCUGUUAUAAUUUACGUUCUACUAUUUUACUCUAUGCUGCAAGCUUUUAAAUGUCAUGAGUACUAUGCUGUACUGAAUUGUGUGUUGCUGUUUCUUUCAGAUAAUUGUGUGGCCCAGUCUAGAAUUCUUGAAAUUGACAUUGUAUCCUAUAGUAUACAAGAAAAAAUUGCUGUUUCCCCGUAAACUUGUACCAUGACACAAUUUGCAAAUUAGCUUCAGUUACAUUGCAAUAGUUUAAAAUAUACAUCCAAUUAUUAUGUACCUUUUUGAAGUAAUGCAACUAUUAUCAGUUUACCUUAAAAGUCAAGUAUUCAAACUGUUAGCAAAAUGCCAGUAUUUUAGGUGGAUUUAAAACUAAAACAUCUAUUGGUAGAUCUAAUACUGUAUGGGGAUUCCUGGUCAACAGGAUUUACACUAACCAGUGGUUUACAUGUUUACAUAGCUAGUCUUCACAGUAUGGUCUGAAUGAAGAGUGCACAUAUGCAUUAUUCAGUUGAUGGGUUCUUCCUUGGUACCAUUUCAUCUUACAGUUAAUGGCUGGUAAUCUUACAUUUUGGAAUAAGAAUUGGAGGAAAAAUCCUCUAAUAAAAUAAACUGGAGAUAAAAUUAUACUUCCAUAUUUCAAGGACAUAAUGGAUAUUAUACACAUAGGAGGCCAUUGAACUUUGAAUUUCUGCUGUUCAUUCAUAUUCAGCAUCCAUUCAUCCUUUCACAUAAUUUAACACAACAUUCGCAGUAUAUUAAGAUAAAAAAAUUAAUGCUUUAGUAACUUCUGAUGGCUUCGUUUGCACAUUAUCUACAUUUGCAUGUAAUUGUCUUAAACCAAUUGUAGAGUACAGACUUGCGUAUAUUGCUCAACAUUCUUUACAGAUCUGUAUUUUUCUGUCCUUUUAAAAUGUGAUGUAAAUGAAUUUUGAAUCCUAGAUAAAUGAAUCAAUAAAAGUAUUGUUUAAGUACAA